AUUCGAACGUUUUUCCUACGCGCGGUCGGUUUACUUGUGACUCGAAAACUUUAUCACAUUUUAUGCGUUAGCCGUUUUUAAAGUUUCAAAACAAACAGUGAAUCUUUAUUUGAUUGGAUUAUUUUGUGCUUUACUUACAAACGUUAUUUGUUCCCUUCAAAGUUCUGGUUAACGUUUGUUUACUUGAAAUCAACAGAAUUAAAAAAAUGUAGCAUUUUCGGAGAAAAUCUUUUCGGUUAUGGCGAGCGUUCAAAUAUCAUCCCCAUGCAUAAACGGGGGUGUAAAAGUGCUUUCCACUCAGGAUACGAUGCCAUUUACGACGACAAAAGGUCUUUUGAACGGGCCGGGACAAAAUAACUGCUUCUUGAACAGUGCUGUACAGGUGCUAUGGCAUCUGGAUAUAUUUCGCAGAAGCUUCCGGGAUUUAUCAGGACACGCUUGUAUGGCUGAAUCUUGCAUAUUCUGCGCCUUAAAGGAGUUGUUCUCCCAACUUCAAUUUUCAAAUGAAACCGCUUUACCACCGGAUGCUUUACGAAGAGCUUUAGCAGAAAGCUUUUUCGAUCAACAACGUUUUCAAUUAGGUUUUAUGGACGAUGCUGCCGAGUGCUUUGAAAACAUCCUUCUGAGGAUCCACACCCAUAUUGCCCAAGGUGUAGCCGAAGAUAUGUGCAACGUACGACAAUGUAUACCACAUCAAAAAUUCGCAAUGACUUUAGUCGAACAAAGCAUUUGUGGUGCUUGUCAAGCCACUUCAGAACCGCUAUCAUUUACACAGAUGGUUCAUUAUGUUUCUGCAUCCGCUUUAACAACUCAAGUACGUCAAAAUGUUUUAAAUGGAAGAAAACCGUCUCAAGAUUCAUUUGGAGAACUUCUUCGAAAAGCUGGAAGUAUGGGAGAUAUACGAGAUUGUCCCAGUACAUGUGGUGCAAAAAUACAAAUAUCAAGGACAUUAAUGAAUCGACCUGAAAUAGUUUCGAUAGGAAUCGUUUGGGAUUCAGAACGUCCAACUUUAGAGCAUAUAAUGGAUGUUUUCGCAACUGUUGGAACGACUCUAAAAUUAGGAGAUGUUUUCCAUAAAGUCGUUGAUAAUCGGUGGGCUGAAAUAACAACGCAUAACUUAGUCGGAGUUGUGACUUAUUAUGGUAAACAUUAUUCGACGUUUUUUUUCCAUACGAAAUUUCGAGUUUGGAUUUAUUUUGAUGAUGCGACAGUCAGAGAAAUCGGCGCUAGAUGGGAACAGGUUGUUGAAAAAUGUCGUAGAGGUCGACAUCAACCACUUUUAUUACUUUACGCUGUACCUAAUGGUAGUCCAGUAACGAUGGAGUGUGUUCAACAGGCCGCUACGAUUUAUGAAAAAAAUAAAGUUGAUAAUCAAGCGAUUUUUAGAAGAUCGGUUACUCCAAGUCCGGAGAAGCCGAAUAUUGGGAGUACUAGAAGGGCUAUUACGCCGAAUCCUGAUGGUACUUUGGGUCAGAAAACUCAAAUUCCUAUUAAUAAUCGAUUAUAUAAUGAGUAUCAAAAUUUGUCGAUUAUUCAAGAUAAUAUUUAUGGGAGAGCACCGGUUGGAACUGAUGUUGUUGAUGCACCAAAAAAUGUUAGUGUGCAUAGAACUCCAAGUAAUGGAUCUUCAUCGGGCGUUGAAAGUUUUAAUUUACCUGAUCAUAUCCCUAUAAUUCGUCGAAGAGAUUCUGGGAAUUGGAGUGGCGAUAGAAACAGUGCUUCUUCUGCUAGUUCAACAACGAUGGAGAAUCCUUAUUUGUAUCUUCUUGGGAAAAUUCCUCAUCAUAACACAAACGGAAGUAAUAGUAUUCCCAGUAGUCCAACUAGAAAAACGGAUUAUGUCGGAAAUGGGAACUUAAAUGGGAAUGGAAAUGUUUAUGACGCCGGUUAUGACUCUUACUCUUUAUCAUCAAACGAUAGCUCAUCAAUGAACACGAUUCAACAUUUAAUGAAAAUGGGGCAUUUAGCAAAAAUUCCAGAAGAUUACAGUAAUUUAUCCGAAAAACCAACAUUAAAUUGCGAUGCUUUAUGCAAUGAAGCUGAUGAAUUAUUAAAAAAAUCCCGACAUUUUGAGGAUGAACACGAUUUGGUUUUGGCGUUAGCUCUUUGUAAUGCAGCAGCCACGAAAGCAAGAGCAGCCAUGAAUGCGCCUUAUAAUAAUCCCCAAACUUUAACGUUGGCUAGGAUGAAAUAUAACACUUGUAUUAUGAGGGCGAGGAGUUUACAUAGAAGAAUGACUCAAACGCCAAUAAAUUCGCAAAAGGAGCCUUUACCAGAAAUAAGACAUACAAGAGAGGGUAGCAGCGGAUCUGGAAAACAUUCCAGGCAAAAUUCGAGGGAUAAAACGCUAUCUUCAUCAAGGCAAAAUAGUAAAGAGCUAUUAGUUCAACCCGAAACGAUCAAAUCCCCGCAAAAAAGUAUUGAAAUUUACGCCACUUUACCGAAGAAAAAGGACACUUUAAAGAACAAAGUUAAUAUUAAUUUUGAAGAGGACAGCGAAUACAUUCUUUAUGAUAAACCCGCCAGGGAAUCGAGAAGUAUUUUCUCCAAAUCAAAAAAUAAAGAUAAUAAAGAUAAAAAACGAUCGAGAAGUGAAGAUCGGAAUAAAAUGUCGAAAGACUUUUCAAUUGCACCCGAAAUUUUAAUCAACAAAGAUACAUUAAAACGAGAGAAAAAAGACGAAAAAGAAGAUAAAAAGGAAAAAGAUGGCAAAAACAAAAAACAACACAAAAUUCGAAGAAAAUUAUUAAUGGGAGGAUUAAUUAAAAGAAAAAAUCGCAGCAUGCCCGAUUUAACGGAUACAAACGAAAACGAAUCAAAACCAAUUUCCUCCGUUGAUGACAGCAACAUCGGCAUUAAAAAUGAAAAUUUAAAUAGUAUGUGUGGUUAUCUCUCGGAGGGACAUUUAGAAUUUACGGGAAAUUCAACAAAUCCAACUUUAGAGCGAAGUAAAUUGAUGAGAAAAAGUUUUCAUGGAUCAGCAGGAAAAGUUUUGACAGCAGCUAAAGUCCCGCCACCUCCUCCUUUAAGAACUACUUCCCAACUUAGUGCUAUUACUAAGUUACCUGGAUCAGAAGUAGUCGAAAAUAAUUCUAAUAAUUAUUAUAAUUACAAUCAAUUCUCAAAUUUUACUUACAAUCAUCAAAGAAGUGGCUCUCAUGAUGUACUAAUCUAUCAAACUCGAGAUGCCGCAAUGAAUCAAAUAAACACCGUCGUAACUCAAGCGGAAGUUCAUCAAGUACAAAGUCCCGUAAAAAGUGAUGAUUAUUACACUCAACCACAUCCAAUGGACAACGAUGAAGGAGUUGACGAGGUGGAUUGUUGUUUACCUUCUUUGCAAAAUCUCGAAUUACCACCAUAUCCAAGUCCCGCUUGUUCUGUAAUCCAUUCGAGACAAGCAAGCGAAGAUUUCCCACCUCCACCACCCCCGUUGGAUUUAAGUGCUUUAGAGGAACACCUCCCCGAUCCAAAACCAAGCACUUUACUCUCCGAACUUCAAAAUAAGCGCCAAGAAAUAUUCACGGACGAAAGAAAACAAGAAGUCGAGAAAAACGUUGAAAAUGUUAAAUCGGGCGACGUUUGGCUAAAAGAGCUUCAAGCCAAACAAGCCGCUUUAAGACAAAAAAAAGCGAUCGUUAACAAUUUAGAUGCUAUUACGGUCCAAAAAGAAAAUAACCCCAACGAUUCCGUCGUUAAAUCAACCGUUAAAGAUUUAGCAUCUAGAUUUGAAAUAAAAAUGUCCAACAACGAACCAGUAGAAAGUCCUCCCAUAAUAAAUAAUUUUCUUCAAAGAGACUCGAAAGGCGACAACACAAUCCAAACUGGAGUUUUAUCGUUAAAAAAACGGGAAGAAAUCGAUAUCGAAAAUUAUCAACACCAUCAAAAUUUGAUUCAUUUACAACAAGAAAUCAUUCAUCAUCCAUUACAAAGAACAAACAGCGAUGGUGAUGAUAAAAAGUGUAAAGCUAAGAAAAAAAGCGUUUCGUUUUGCGAUCAAGUCAUUUUAGUGGCCACAGCUGAAGAACAAGAAGAUGAUAGUUACAUUCCUAAUCCAAUUUUAGAGAGAGUGUUAAGAACUGCGAUGAAUAAACCUGAAGCUGCUGCUAUUCGCCAAGAAAUUCUUUUAAGACAAAGCGAACAAAUUAAAGAUGAAGGGAUUCAAAUUAAACAAGAUGGGAACGUUCAAAAUAAUCACAAUCAAAUUAAUCAUGUUCAAAGUAAUCAACAAGCAGUUUAUGUUAGCCGUCAAAACUCAAUAGAUAAUCUUUUAGUAUCAUCUCAUUAUCAACAUAGGCAAUCUCCGUAUCAAAUGUUGCCACAGAAUCAAAAUUACACGACAAUUCCUCAAAAUAACCCAAGAUUUUAUCAACAAGAUCAAAUUUCAAAUUAUCCUCAAUGGAAUCAAGAUUUUCUUGGGAGAAACUUACCAACUCCGAAUAAUUCCCAAGAAAACAUCCAAAUACAAAAUCAACCACCUUUGAGGAAUCAACCCAACGGGAAUUAUCAUCCCAUUCAAAGACAAAAUGUUAUGCCAUAUUCUUGCCAAACGAAUUAUAACCCCGGUUUUCAACACCCACCAUCUCCAUCACCUUCGAAUCAAAGUUACUCAACUCAAUCUUCAUACAACAGCCAAAACGGAACGGGACGAUCUAAUUCCCAACAACAAAAUUCUUAUAGUUAUCCAUCAAACAAUCAAUAUUCUCCGGUACAAAGAGUUCCACCUCAAAUUGAUUACAAUCAAAUUCAACAUUUCAAUCAAACCAUAUCGCCAUAUCAAAGAGUUCCAUCGAGAGAAGACCAAUUAUUACCCAAUAACCCACAAAAUUCGUUGUAUCAACGAGUACCAUCUAACGAUCAAAUAAAUCAAUAUCAAAAUCAUUUUAUCCCAAACAAUUCGCCUUAUCAAAGAGUUCCCGAUCCGAAUUAUCCGUAUCAACCCAUUCCGCAAAAUUAUCAACAGAAAUAUUCACCGUAUCAACAAGUUUUGCCACCGAAACAACCCGCGGCGAUGAAAAAAACUGUUAGUUUUGAGCCAGGAACGAAAGGAGGUGCGGAAACGAGUAGCCCAAAAGCAAUCGUAACCCCAAUUAUUGUAAACAAUAACAAUAAUAAUUAUACGAGUGCUAAGACUAAGUGCAAUUUGUGCAGGAAAAAACAUGUUAUUGCUCCUAAUUUAUAUUGUGCUGAUUGUGAAUUUUAUAUGUCUAGAUUUAAACCGAAAAGUUAAUAAUUAAUGAUUAUUUUAAAAUACUUAAAUUCUAAAAAUGUUAAAUGUACAAAAUUGUGAUA